GAGCAUAAUUGAUCAAAUCAACUGUAGUAAGCAAAAUUUAUGUAAAUUUUUAUCCAAAUCAACCAGAUUGCAGUCUGUUUAUAUUUUAUAUGGACACAUUUUACAUUCGUAUAAAAAAAUUAUGAAUUCAUAAAAAAAUGUAGAAGAAAAGCCAGUCAACAAAAUAUAGUGAAGAGAGUAAAAAAAAGGCCUUAUAUGAUCCGUAGUUCGAUACAAUCCCGUCUGCGUCUGUUUGGGCAUCAGCAUCAGCAUCAGUUCAGCAGGCGAAGCAUCGCGUUAACGCCACCACUGAUCGUCAUCUGCUCGUCGCUCUCAAUCAUUAUGACAUCAUCAUCCACGGCAGCCGCCGUGAAGUCUGAUCAACUUCUUCCUCCAGCGGCGAAGAAAGUGGAGCAUGUAAUGGAGAAGUUCGGGGAUGUUAGAGUGGACAAUUAUUACUGGCUUCGCGAUGACUCUCGUUCCAGUUCUGAGGUCCUUUCUUACCUCCAGCAAGAGAAUGCUUACGUCGACUCCGUUAUGUCUGGAACCAAACCGUUUGAGGAACAGGUGUUUGCGGAAAUUAAAGGGCGUAUCAAACAGGAUGAUAUAACUGCACCUAGAAGAAAGGGGCCUUAUUACUACUAUUGUCGGACUUUGGAGGGUAAGGAGUAUGAGCAGCACUGCAGGCGUUCUAUUUUCGAUCAUCAAUCCCCUCGUUCUGUCCAUGAUGUUAUGCCCGCCGGACCUGAUGAUCCCCCCGAGCACGUUAUGCUCGACGAGAAUGUUAACUCUCAAGGACAUGAAUUUUACCACAUUGGUGCUUUCGAGGUUUCGCCAAAUCAUGAAUUGGCUGCCUAUGCAGAAGACACAAAAGGAGAUGAAAUUUACACCGUUCAUGUCAUUAAUGCUGACACUAAAAUCCCUGUUGGGAGCCCUCUCACUGGUGUUACAUCCGCUAUUGAGUGGGCUGGCAAUGAUUACUUGGUUUAUAUUACUUUGGAUGAGAUUCACCGUGCUGAUAAGGUGUGGUUGCAUAAGCUGGGGACAGAUCAAUCAACUGACACUUGCCUUUAUCAUGAGAAGGAUGAUAAAUUUUCUUUGGAUCUUCAUGCUUCAGAAAGUGAACAUUAUUUGUUUGUUGUAUCUGACAGCAAACUUACAAGGUUCGUCUUGUAUAUUGAUGUUUCUAAGCCUGAAGAUGGUGCUAAGGUUUUGACACCUCGAGUAGAUGGCGUUGAUACAUCAGUCACCCAUCGCGGAAAUCAUUUUAUUAUCCAGAGACGAACUGAUGAACUUUUCAAUUCAGAGCUAGUAGCCUGUCCAGUGAAUAACAUUUCUGACACUACAGUUCUUAUACCUCAUAGGGAAAGCGUGAAAAUUUGGGACACACGAGUCUUUGCUGACCAUCUAGUUGUAUACGAGCGUCAAAAUUGCCUUCCCAAAAUCACAACGUUUCAUCUUCCACCUGUUGAUGAGCCACUUGUGAGCCUUAAAGGUGGUCAGACUGUUGACUUCAUUGACCCUGUAUAUACUGUAGACCCGGAAGAAUCAGAAUUUUCUUCCAGCAUUUUGAGGUUUUCAUAUAGCUCGUUGAAGACACCGCACUCUGUGUAUGAUUAUGAUAUGAACACGGGCACUUCUGUCUUGAAGAAGAUAGAUACAAUAUUGGGAGGUUUUGAUACAUCUAAUUAUGUUACUGAGAGGAAAUAUGCCACAGCUUCAGAUGGCAUUCAGAUUCCUAUGUCUGUUGUUUACAGAAAAGAUCUCGUGAAACUUGAUGGGUCUGAUCCUUUAUAUCUUUAUGGCUAUGGUUCAUAUGAGGUAUCGAUAGAUCCAACAUUCAAGGCAUCAAGGCUGUCCUUAUUGGAUCGUGGUUUAAUCUUUGCAAUAGCUCAUAUUCGUGGAGGUGGUGAAAUGGGGAGGCAGUGGUAUGAGAAUGGGAAGUUUCUGAAGAAAAAGAAUACUUUCACAGAUUUUAUUACUUGUGCAGAGUAUUUAAUAGAACAGAAGUACUGUUCCAAGGAAAAGUUGUGCAUUGAAGGAAGGAGUGCAGGGGGGUUACUUAUCGGUUCUGUUCUUAAUAUGAGGCCCGAUUUGUUUAAGGCUGCUGUUGCAGGAGUACCUUUUGUGGAUGUUUUGACUACUAUGCUUGAUCCGAGUAUUCCUCUUACCACUGAAGAGUGGGAGGAAUGGGGCGACCCUCGUGAGGAGGAGUUCUACUUCUACAUGAAGUCAUAUUCCCCUGUUGAUAAUGUUAAGCCUCAAGAUUACCCCCACAUCCUUGUUACAGCUGGCUUACAUGAUCCUCGAGUUAUGUAUUCGGAACCUGCAAAGUUUGUGGCAAAGCUGAGAGAACUGAAAACUGAUGAUAAUUUACUGCUGUUCAAAUGUGAACUCGGUGCUGGACAUUUUUCCAAGUCGGGAAGAUUUGAGAGGCUUCAAGAAGAUGCAUUCAAGUAUACAUUUCUAAUGAAGGUUCUAAAUAUGACUUCUCCUGACCUUGGCUCUGGCGGCAGCCAGAAGUGACGAUGAGCUUUUUAUGUCUUGAACGAACUCUCUGAAUUCUCAAGAAAAAACGAUAUGAAAUAGCUGUGGUUUAGGACAUGAACUAUUUGUUUGCAUUAUGGAACUGAUAGAAAGAUUAUGAUCUAUGUUAGGUUAGAUACAUUGAUCCUCAUCAUAUCCCACACCGCCUUGAACUUGAGUGUGUAUUACUCUUUUAUACCGAUUUGGGUUCCAACCACAGUGAAAUAGCGUUCCUUCA